AUGAAGUUUUGUGCCAACAUCACUGGUGAGGACUUUUUAGAGCUCUUUAUUCAUAUCAGUGGCACCCUUCCAAAGCUAGUGGGAGCCUGUGCUCUAUGCACUUUAGGCCUGAUGACCUCAGUCAUCUGUGAUGCCAGAGUGUGGUGUGAGGUGAGGCGGGGAGACUUCUACCACUGCGUGGAAGAUGUUUUAGAAGCGUUGAAGGAGAUUUAUUUAGAGCUAACAUCUGAGCAUUUGUUCAGAACAGUGAGAAGCACAGGGAAUGCCUUUACCUUGAAGCCCCAGUUGACCAACAAGUGGCGUCCCCACCUCACUGUUCUGGAGCUGCCAUUGCCCACAGGUUGGGCUCCUGUGGUAGUACUUGAUCCAUCUGAUGGGCCUGUGAGGGUUCUUAAUCCAAUGGCAUGAGAAGAUUUCCUGGAGCCCAGCAUGAAAGCCUGUGAUGUUUGGGUUUAUCUUCUGGCUUUGAUGAUUCUGAAGAGCGGUGUAGAAAGGAUAGCCAACUUGGGUGAAGUGCUGGUUGAAACAAAUCUAAAUGGCGAAAUGAACUUCAGUGUAUAAACUGAUGUCGUGUCUAUUAAAAGUUAUUUUAACAAUCUUGGAAAUCCUCCAAAGUCUACUCAGGAUAUGUCUCAAGACGGAAGCCUGGAGAACAUGGUGGGAGUGCUAGUAGAGAGUGGGAAGCUUCUGCAGUUUUUCGAGGGACAGCAAAUAAAUCCUGUAACAGCCUUAUGCAAUGUUUUGAGCAAUACUAUUCUUCAUCUUGUUUUGGUUCAUGAAGAUGUCUCUCUUCAGUAUUUCAUUCCUGUCUUAUAA